AUGGGAAAUAUGCAAAAGCGCGGAGCCCUUAUUGUAGUGGAAGGGCUGGAUCGAGCUGGCAAAUCCAGUCAGUGUGAACGCCUUCGCGACUCACUACAAGCAUCAGGGUACUCCGUGAAGUAUAUUCGUUUCCCAGAUCGUACUACCCCAAUCGGCCAGUUGAUAAAUGGCUAUUUACAAGGCCAGUCGCAUCUUGACGAUCAUUCCAUCCACCUUUUGUUUUCGGCAAAUCGCUGGGAGAUCGCGAGAACCAUUGAGAAUGAUAUAGCCAAUGGCGUCACCGUCAUAGUUGACCGGUAUUCUUAUUCCGGCGCUGUUUACUCGGCUGCAAAGGGCAACCAAAAUCUGUCCCUUGAGUGGGCAUGGCAACCAGAAAUCGGCUUGCCGCAGCCUGAUAUAUGCUUAUUUCUUCGUAUUUCUCCUGAAGAGGCGGCAAAGCGCGGUGGGUUCGGUAUCGAGCGGUAUGAGAAUGAAAAGAUGCAGAGCCGCGUGCGCGAGCUAUUCCAAACGCUCUUUAAAUUGCAGCUUGGUGAUUAUAUCCACAUGGUCGACGCUGGACGAACACUUGAUGCGGUGUCGCAGGAUAUUCUGCAGACAGUAACGGCCUGUCUAGAGACAAUUGACGCCACUGCACCUCUGAAGAGACUGGGCCCAAUUGCAAACUAG